UUCGUGUUGUGUCAGGUGUUGAAAAUUUCUUUAAAUUCUGUUGAAAUCUGACAUUGCAUGUAGUCGUGACACUUUGGUCAGUUAUUUACUCUAUUCUUGGCCUUGUCGAAGAUCGUCAAUUGAAAAAAACGUGGAGGCGUCUGUCAAGAGUCACGUGUAAUACUGCCCGCUAGUGGCAUCUUGCACUUAACCUUAGCCUUGUUCGGUGUUAUACGAUCAUCUUCAAAUCACGUAAAAAUUUCAAAGUAACGACGUCGAUGUUGUAUCAUUUGUCAGAUAAGUGAUAAAAAAUAUUUAUCGAUUAAUUUCGGAACGAUAUAGGCAGCCAUCAUUUACGUCGAGCAAUAAUAGAAAGAUUUAACACGAUUCUAUGAAGUUCAAGUUUGAAUUAUACGCUAUUUAGCCUUGUUUACGAAGUACUGCAUCUUACCCAAGUCUGUAAAUAUAUUUAGUUGGAUGCUGGUAAAAUUCACACCUGGCUGAAAUGCCUAAAAUAAAAACCAGACAAGCAAAUAGCCUCUGGUUAAGGCAACGCGAAUUGGGUAUAAAAUUCCCUUUAGGACAUGCUGAUCGUUUUCAUAAAACCCUUUACUCCUCUAUACAACCAGUAACUUCUUGGGAUCAUGCAUUGUCCGCAAAUGCUGCCCAUGGUGGAGUUUUUAAUCUUGAGUACUCCCCGGAUGGCUCCCUCCUGCUGGCGGCAUGUGAAAAAAAAAGUAUUCUCAUGUUUGAUCCGUUAAGAAGAAGAUUGAUCCAUGCAAUUGAUAAUGCUCAUAGCGAUUGUGUUAACUGCGUUAGGUUUCUGGAUCAACGUAUGUUUGCAACAUGUUCAGAUGAUUGCACGGUAGCUCUUUGGGAUGCCAGAAACUUAAAGCAAAGAAUAAGAACUCUUAGAGGUCAUUCGAAUUGGGUGAAAAAUAUAGAAUACAGUCCCAAAGAUAGUUUAUUAUUGACCAGUGGUUUCGAUGGCAGCAUAUAUACUUGGGAUAUCAAUAGUUUUACGGAGAAUAGUUUCCUUUAUACGCCUGUGUUUCAUACAAAUGGUUUGAUGCGUACUAGGCUUAGUCCGGAUGCUAGUAAAAUGUUAAUAAGUACCACUUCUGGAUACCUCAUCAUUAUACACAAUCUUAAAUUAAGAACAUUAAGCCAGGAUUUAUCGGGAUUUAGACCGAAUAUGUAUCGGUUAAUGCAAUCGUCUCAAACUACGAUACCGAACGUAGCAAGUUUCACGCAUCUGUUUUCUCAUUCUCGUCCGCAUAACAGAGUAGAAUUUUUAACUGAUUUCCCUGUUGGCGAUGACGCUGAAAUAAUAUCGAGUUUGCAAGUGCAUCCUAAGGGAUGGUGUGCUUUGUCCAGAAAUGUCAGCAGUGGAGAGAAAUCUGAGUGGACUUGUAUCCACGACAUACAAGAGCGCGAUGUAUCUGCUACAGCAGACCAGACGAAAGAAGGAGAGGAAACAGUGCCUCAAUUUAACGAAGUACCCGUAGAGGAAUUCGAAGAUUUUCAGCAACCUCAGUCUUCUCGUACGGGUAUAACAUCUUCCUUUUUAAUAGAGAGUCCAAACAAUCGCGUUCGAGUAGUUCAUACUACAUCUGAUACGAGACCGAAUACAACCGGUUUAUCGGAUAACGCACAGCCAGUUAGAACAUCAAGAAGUAGCUGGCGUUUAGCAUCUCGCAGGGCAUCACGGUCGCAAUCUAGAAAUUCGCGUUUAGACAGAAAUGCGACAAGAGCAAAUUUCGGUGCGAUCGAAGUUAGUUCUAGUUCAAGCUCGUCCGAUUCUCGGGUAAGCGUGGACAGGGACGAUAGGCAGGCAGAUAGGUAUAUAUACGCGGCUGAUAUAUACGCGGCUGAUGAGAGUAUACUGGAGGAGGGUUCUGGUGACCAAGAGAGGGAGUCGGGCCAGGAUUACAGACCCCCGAGACCAAGUUCCCAUCUAAACUACUUAAGACCACGCAAUAUUAUCGACAACUUUUCUACCGGUAAUAUAGAAUUACACGUAAGUACAACCGAUGUGUGGGAGGCACACGUAGCGAUUAGAGAAGCUAGGCUUAGAAGGGAGAGGGAUUGGCUCUCUAGAUCAAGUAACAAUACCGUCGUUAUAAUUGGCGAUCGAAUCAGAGUUCAGAAUCGAAACAGACAGGAUCAACAAACGAUGUACGCUAUUCCGAGAAAUCGAAAAAUUCAUCAAAAUACACCUAGGUUAACGCAUUACAUCGAGGAACCCAACGUAGGUUCCGGUUACAUCAAAGAAUUGUGUUUCUCAGCUGAUGGUCGGCUAAUAUGCUCACCGUUUGGCUAUGGCGUACGAUUGUUGGCAUUUUCUAGCGACUGUUCGGAAUUAUCCAAUUGUGUCCCUCCCCAUAACGAGCCUGUACGAUUGCACGAAUUAGUAACAAAUGCUAGCCACUCUGGCAUUGUAGUCAGUACAAAAUUUUCUCCUAGGCACUGUUUGUUCGUAUCAGGCUGUCUGAGUGGAAAAAUCGUUUGGCAUCAACCAGUGGUUUAGUAAAAUUAUUUCAGCUUUUCACCGUAAAAAUCUGCUUACAAUGAAACAUCUUGAUGAGAUAUAUGUUACUUGCCGAUUUUUCUUCUCCUGGUUUCAUCUUUUGUUUUUCUUCUUCAUAAACUCGGUAGC